AUGCCUUAUCUCAAGCACGCUAAAUGUGAGCUUCUUCUUGUGGGCCGGUGACGUGCUGUGCUCCCCGUUGGGCGGCCCGAUAAGCCUGUAUGGGCUAACUCUGUCUCGUGCACUCCAUCCCUGCCGAUGCGCCCUACCCUCACCAAACACAGACGGAAAAGACAAGGUCCGAACAUUCCGAAUCGUCCGCAACAAGGACGGAACCCAUGACAUCGCCGAGUAUAUCGUCCAGGCUCUGCUCGAAGGGUCAGUCUGCUCCCGCAGUUGCCUCCCUCAUCAGUAUGUGGGGAACAGUCCUGACUAGACUUUCUGCAUCCGCAGUGAUAUCGAGACAUCCUAUACGAAGUCGGACAACUCUGUGAUUGUCGCGACCGACUCGAUCAAGAACACAACGUGCGUGAGACUCGCGAUUUGGGAGUAUGUAUCGUACCUCGGUCGCUUAUCAGCACCUUCCCUGUCUUUCCCACGUCCAUCCCCUCUUCUUCAGGUAUCUGUUCGCCAAGCAAUCGCCCCAUGUUUUGCAGCCCGAGUCAUUUGCUCUCGAUCUUGCUUCCCACUUUGUUGAGACUUACGUGAGUUGCCUCUUCGAGCUAACCGGACUCCGGAUUUGACGGCCCUAACCUCGGAUGACCUCCUGACUACUUGUGGAUUAAAACUCCCCCUUCUUCUUUGCUUUACAGAGCCAUAUCCAUAAAGCGCACGUCAACGUCAUUCAACUGAAAUGGUCGCGCAUCCCCGUCACGGGUAAGGCCCACAAGCAUUCCUUCGUUCGGAAUGGCGAUGAGAAGCGCUUCACGAACGUCACGGUUGAUGCGACCAAGGGCAAGAACGCAGCGACCGCGACAGUCACGUCCGGUAUCUCGGAGUUGUUGGUGCUCAAGACGACCGAGAGCUCGUUCGAGAACUAUGUUUUUGACAAGUACACGACUUUGAAGCGUAAGUCCGCUACUCUCCGAGUUUCCAAACCUGGAGCACGUUUCUUCUAUUCGCGCAGAGGCUCAUCAUCACUAAGUCUUCCCUCCACAGCCGUCGACGACCGGAUCUUCUCCACCUCCGUCGACUGCUCCUACUCAAUAACCAUCCCGACUUCAGCUCUGACCUCCGCCUCGAUCCCCAAGCUUGGCAUCGACUUCGAACGCAUCUUCAAAUCUGUCGAAACGACGACUUUGGAGAUAUUUGCGACGCACAACUCGGCUUCGGUCCAAGCGACAUUGUAUCAGAUGUGCGAGAAGAUCUUGGCUGAUAACAAGCAGGUCGCGGAGGUGUCGUACAAGCUGCCCAACAAGGUGAGUUUAUAUGUCUUCGAUCUAGGCCUCGCCACCCGCGCUGAGGACCAUAACGCUUCGACAAACUUUACAGCACUACUUCGCCGUUGACAUGGCCUAUUUCGGCCUCAAAAACACGGACCCCAAGGAUGCCGAAGUCUUCAUGCCCGUCGAUGCUCCGUCCGGUCUCAUCAUCGCCACCGUCACUCGAGAUGCGACCUCCAAGCUCUGA